AUGAUGAUGAACAAAGCCGUUCUGAGUUCAAUUCUGGUUUUCAUGUUGAUCGGUUCGGUUCUUGUCGAGAGUCGUCCACUUGGUUUAACAAAGAUCGAGGAGAAGAAGCUCGUGGCUGGUUUCUUCGAUGCCCUAUCACUUGGUUCAAUCAAAGACUCAGGUCCGAGUCCUGGCGAGGGUCAUAAGUUCGUGGACCGGAGGGAUACGUUUCGUUUUGACAAGCAUUCCGGUCCAAGCCCAAGCGGACCGGGUCACUAA